AUAUAAUCAGUGCAAGCCAGCAGUAAGACACGACAAGAUCGGGGACUCAGAUCUGUAGUCAAAUUUCACACUUGAUAAUAAGCAUGUGUGUUCAAGAGUUGGAGGCAUGAAAUGCAUAAUCUGUAUAUGUUUGAUUUUGGUCGAGGGCUCUGAAAUGUUUUUACCAGGUUAUAACUCUGCCCUCCUCCCAAAAGUCAAUAAUACAAGGAUGCAGUUUUGUGCACCAUUACUUAGAUGUGUAAGUCUUGAAUAAAUGUGAUUAGGCAUGGGCUGCACCUGUGGCAGCUGUUGCCCUACUUUUUACACUAGAUCAAUAUAGUUGUCGCCAUAUGUAGCUUCCAGGGAGUACUUGCAUCCCUACCCACGUGUGUGUGAACAAUGAAUCAUAUUCCAUAAACCCACCCACUGAAGCUUGCUCCUACUAAAGCUCCGCAGGAGUGGAGCUUUCAUUUCCAUUGAAGUCUCUCUCCAUCAGUUUUCCUUUGUGCUCUCCGGUCAUCAUUCCAGGCAGACAUUGGCAGAGCCAUUUUGGUCAGCUUGAAUCCCAUUGUGCAAAGCUCUCCCCCCACCCCAUCCCACUAGUUUUUUUCCCUGUGUGCUCACCUGCUUCCUUCCAGUCUCCAGGAUAUUAAAUUCUCUCUCCCCCCCCCCCCGGCUCCUGUGACAUCUGUGCCAGAACUUUUCUUGUUGCCCUUACCGUGGGAACGUAAAAGAUUGACCUUUCCUUGCUCAAGUGCAGCGAUAACAAUGAGUAAUGAAAGGGGGCACGGGUGACGAAGAUAUCUGGGACAUGGACUGCAGAGUUGCCUGCAGUGCAAGGUGUGUGUCAAGCACCCUGCUUCAAAGAAGCACCAAGAGCCCUCCUGGGACUCAGUAACAGAAGCAACAGCAGUGGCGAAAGAUGAGGCGAGCUCAGGAACCCAAGGAAACAGACUGGGAGAACCUGCUGAGGAUUGCCCAUUGAAAUGACUUCUGACCCUGCACCUGGGAGAUGAAAGAGACAGGCAACAGCUGAACAUGUGGACCAUCGUAAUAAUAAUCCUUUCCUCUUCGACACUAACUGUAAGUAACCAAAGAGCCUUGUAUUAUUGUUUUGCUGCAAACGCACACAAGAGCCCAUCCACUGAAAAGGGAAAGGGGGAGAAAUUUGUGAGAGCCUGGUUGAUGCACUAAGGCUAUGAUCCUAUAUAUAUACAUACGAUUCUGCGAGAGUAAGCCCUACUGAACACCAAGGCAUUUUUCUUAUUGAAUAAACAAAGCACUGUGGGAUAAGGCUGGAAAAAUUCUGAGCUUCAUUCCCCAAGGAGAGGACAUGAAACUCCCUAAAAACUUGUAUGUCCCAUACAAAACAUUCUGAUGCAUCAGCAAAGCAGUGAGAGGAUAGGAAAAGUGUGCUUUAGAAGAGAGAUUAGAGUUUAGUUAUUUCAGGGGAGCAUAUUCACACUGGCAGCUUCAAUUUAGGAAUGCAUGAGAUUUUCCUUGGGAAAAGUUUCUUUCCCUAAAGGUGUGCUCAGUGGAAAAGUAAACUUUUCAGACCACGUAGCACAGUCUUGUCCUCAAAUAGUUUCUGUGUGCUAUGAGGAUUAGAAUGUUUAAGUGCUGUGCAUAUGCAGAGGGUAUUAGCUGAAUAGAUAGUCUCCCGAUUUGUUCAGUCUAUAAACGUAAGUUUUAUGACAGCUGCUUUCUUUAUCUUCAUAAACCAUAUUGAGACAGCUGCUGGUUAAAAGCAUAUUUGCUUAUGUUUUAUAUAAUCAUUAUUGAUUGUAACUGAUAUACUAAAUUAUAUGAGAAAUAAAUAGCUUUGUUGACAUACACCUGUUCAAAAUUUUAUUUCUUGCUUGUUUGUUUCCAUAAUGCAAUGUUGUUCAGUUGGGGCUAGAGGAAUAAAUGUCAUGUGGAGGCUAGCAAAACAUUUAAAAAAACCCAAAAACUAAAUUUAAAAUAUAUAGAGUUUGUAAUUAAACUUUUUUUAAUCAAUCCAUUUCAAAUAUUUAAAAAAUGUGGUAUCCAAUAUUAUUUAAGGAUCGUGUAAAAUUAUUGCUCAAAGUACAACAGUGUAUCAGACUAUUAGUUUGAAAACAAGGGUAUUAUUUGACCUGUAUAACCAGAUUUUCAUAUUUGCACACAAAUUUCUGCCAAUUAAGUUGCUUAGCUUAAAACCAUAGCUAGACCUGUUGUCACAAUAGGAAGGAAUGACUCCCACAGGUUGCCUUUGACUUGUGUGAUUAUAACGUCUUACAUUUGUUUUAAAUAUGAUGUAAAAAGAAGUAGCCAUUUGGCACCGAUUUCCUGAGAUAAAAACAACCUAUGCAUAGCCUAUUGCCCCCCCCCCAUCUGCAGAAUUAUGGGAAAUUGGCACAUGACUGAGUAUGGAUUAGCCAUGCUGCUUGGGAUAAUAGGUGCACUGAAUGAGUGAUUCCACUCAAAUCUCUCUUCUGGUGUGCACACACCACGGCCACAUACAUCCUAGAGGUCUAACAAUUCAGUGUUCAAAGUGCUUCACAUAUAUUACCUCAGCAGUUCUUACUGCUGCAGAUACAGGGAGGGGGGCUGAGAUUAAGGAUACAUUAACCCUCCCAUUAGGGGACGCGGGUGGCGCUGUGGGUAAAACCUCAGCGCCUAGGACUUGCCGAUCGCAUGGUCGGCGGUUCGAAUCCCCGUGGCAGGGUGAGCUCCCGUUGUUCGGUCCCAGCUCCUCCCCACCUAGCAGUUCGAAAGCACCCUUAAGUGCAAGUAGAUAAAUAGGUACCGCUUUCUAGCGGGAAGGUAAACGGCGUUCCGUGUGCUGCUCUGGUGCCGGUUCGCCGGAGCAGCUUCGUCACGCUGGCCACGUGACCCGGAAGUGUCUGCGGACAGCGCUGGCUCCCGGCCUCUAGAGUGAGAUGAGCGCACAACCCUAGAGUCUGUCAAGACUGGCCCGUACGGGCAGGGGUACCUUUACCUUUUUAACCCUCCCAUUUACAGUGCUCUCGCUGCAUUUCCAGUGUUGGGUUUCUAAUCUGUGUUCAUAGAAUGCUGUGCGAAAUCCAUAUCCAUCCUGUACUUUGUUACACAACUUUGAUGUGCUGUUUCACAUCACACAAGUAGCUGUGAACACAUUUGCAUGGAGUAAAGACACGAGAAAGCCCCCUGGUGUGUACACAGACAGAAACGAAUCUGACACAAUUGAAGCCAAGCUGCUAUGCACAGCUGGGUGGUACUGUGAAAGCAUCCUAAAAGACAGUGGCUUCCCUGAGGGAAUUCAUUGCUGAAACAAGAUUUGAAGCAGGACUUCUUGACAUAUGUCUUACAGGCUUAUCCACUACAGAACAUCAGCUGUGCCUCACUUACUCUCUAUAACUUUUAAAAAUAAAUAAAUAUUUGUUUUAAUUGAAAAUACUUCAAUAAAAUAUAAAGUGAUACAGAAAAAAAGGGAAAGUGAGGGGGAGAAAAAGAACAACAAAAAUAUAUCUAAAAGUGGUACACACACCCCCAUUCAUAGGUUGCGAGUGAUAUCAUAUCGCCAACUCAUUGAUUAAAGGGUAUCGUAUCAUUACUUUUCCAGUUCUUCAAUAUCAAUCUCUUGUCCACCAUUACGGCACGCAGGAUCCAUUUUUGUUGUCCUGUUGUUAAUUUCCAUACAGUAGGUAAAUACUGUAGUUCAAUAGAAUAUUCGCCACUGAAAGAUUUAACUUUUUCUGUACAGUCAUAGCUACACAGUCCAGCACUUUCUCCCAAAACUUAGUACAAACGUAUGUUUCAGGAACUCAUUGUCCUUGCCACAUUUCCAACACUGAGCUAUCUUAGUUUACCCUUUUUUACACAACCAUAAAGGAAUCCUGGCUGCCUGCAGGAGAGCUGUGCCCUUACCUUUUUCAGUCAUGUUGCUUGAGCUACUUUUUAAAGCGCCCCCUUGUUAUUUAGAAUGGCAGACUCAAGCUGAAUAACAUCCGAACCCAUUACGCUGGAAUAAUAGAACUGUAGAAUUGGAAGGGACCAUAAGGGUCAUCUAGUGCAACCUCCUGCAAUGCAGGAAUAUUUUGCCCAACAUGGGGCUCAAAGCCAUGAUCCUGAGAUUAAGAAUCUCAUGCUCCACCGACUGAGCUAUCCUAGCUGACCAAAAUACGCAUAUGCUUACAUUUUCUGACAUGUUUAUAUCCAACAAGGCAAGGUAAAAAUCCCCCUCUCUCAUUGGAACUCAUCUGGUUUGGAAACAAAACAGAGCGAUCAGACUAUUUUAAGUCAUGGCUUGGUAUAUAUAUAUAUAUAUAUAUAUAUAUAUAUAUAUAUAUAUAUAUAUUCUGGUUUAUUUUCCAUUUCAGAGCUUGGACACAUAGUUCUCAAAGCAUGUAACGGGGCUUUCUAGCGACACACAGGUGGCUGUGAGGGAAUUAACAUGCUCUAUCUACGCUGCUGAGGCAUUUUUCCACCAAAGAUGGUUCCAAGCUCUAGUCUAUGUCUGCAGACAGAAAGGAAGCCUUUUUUGUACUUGCUGUCAUCCAGAAAGCUCCCUCUUCUAAAAUGCAAGGCUAGUUGUCAAGACUGUGGCUCUCAGUUCAGUUUUCCUAGCCAAGUGUCAUGGUUCACGAUGAGUAAUAGUUCAUUGACGUAAGGCCCAGUGUCAGGGGUCAGCAACCUUUGUCAGCCACGGGCCGGUCCACCGUCCCUCAGACCAUGUGGUGGGCCGGACUAUAUUUUGGGAGAAAAAAUGAAUGAAUUCCUAAGCCCCACAUAUAACCCAGAGAUGCAUUAAAAGGACACAUUCUGCUCAUGUAAAAACACCAGGCAGGCCCCACAAAUAACCCAGAGAUGCAUUUUAAAUAAAAGGACACAUUCUACUCAUGUAAAAACACGCUGAUUCCCGGACCGUCCGCGGGAUGGAUUGAGAAGGCGAUUGGGCCGCAUCUGGCCUCCAGGCCUUAGUUUGCCUACCCCUGCCCAAUGUCAUGAGCCAUGGUUGUGGUUGAGCAGGCCAACCAUCCCCACAUUUUGCUUCCUUUUCCUAGUGAGGGCCCAAGAGUACACCUUCCUUCUAGGUGUGAUUGUGCAAAGUUUGAACCCUACCCUCCCUUUCCUAGUUUUAGGCAAUUGCAAAUUUGUGUGUCUUUAGAUUACACCCCUGCUCUUUGUCAGGCUUCUCUGGAAUCUGAAGCAAAGGGGCACCUUCCCUCGUGUGUUUCCAUCUUCGCCUUGAGUCAAGUACUGUCACAAAUAAGUUAGGAUAAAUAUUAUGAUUUCCAUGCUGAGUGACUGACAGAUAAGAGAGGAUCUCCCCUCCUCCUGUCGUUGCUCAAAUGACCAGCCAAAGAAAAGAAAGAAGCCCUUAAAAAAUGCAAGAAAAUAAACCCAAGGACUGUGUGUGUGUGUGUCCCCACCAGUCACCUCUAUAAUCUAUCACAUAUAUCCCACCCCUUCAGACUGCCCCCUGAGUAUGACACCCUUCUGGCACUUGCCAUAGGGACCAGUCCAGGCCAUCUGAACAUCUUAUGGUUUAAAACUGUACAGAUUACAAUCAGACAGGUUGUAAAUCUUUUUUUUUUAAUAAAUAAUAAAUUUAGGCUACAUUCCUAACCAGGAGGUGAUAUGUUCAAUCUAUAGGCAGAUUUGUGCAAACUUAAGAAAUGAGCUGACUAAAAUGCAUACAGAUAAUCUAUUUCAAUGUAUUUAGUUAACUUCCAGCCCUUCUUUAUGGGCCAAGGCUCAAAUGAAACCCCAGUAAGGGCCGUAGCCUUGUUUGCAGCAUUUAAUCUGUUUACCUGUUGCUUUCCUGUGUCUGUCACUGCUAACUGGAGACCUUUCUAACACUGAUGAAAUGUAUGCUGUCUGCAGUUAACACUGGCCAGUUUUGGAAUGGUUGCUAUAGCUGAGCAGGACUGGCUUUUGUUAAGACUGAAAUAGACUCUCCCCAUUUUGAUUUCCUGUGUGCAGAAAAGAACAAAAGAAAAGAGCGGGGUGGGGGUGGGGGAAUGGAAAUUCCACACAUUUGUUAUCCUGAAUUUUAGCAGGGCUGUUCCUGUCUAGGUUGCCUUUUCCGCUGCCAGUUGUGAGGGAUUUCCCCUCUUCUUCUCUCUCUUUUUUGUGUGCAUAGUUAUCCUGUUCCGAUAAUUUUUUUCCAAUUUUUUUAUUGAUUUUCCAUAUAUAUAUUAACAAACAAAUAAACAAAUAAAAUCUUAAGUAUAAUAAUUCCAUUUUUCUUUACAUUGUUGAGUGACUUCCUCGACUCCCCCAGACUGAAUUUCAAUGUAUAUAUUGUAACAGUUUUCCAAAACUAUUUUCACAUGUAAUUUACUUACUCAAUUAACAUCUUUCUUUCUUUUCAUUUUUACUUUAAACAUAUUAUUCUAUAACAUCACUUAUUUAAAUCCUAGGCCAAUCUGGUACCUGCAAGUAUUUCUAUUUGAAUUAUCUUAGCAUAUUUAGCUAAAUAGUCUUUAAAUUUCUUCCAAUCCUCCUGGUACUCCUCCUCCUCCUGGUCACGGACUCUUCUGGUCAGGUCGGCUAGCUCCGAAAAUUCCAUCAUCUUCGUCUGCCAUUCCUCCAUUGUUGGUACUUCUUGUAAUUUCCAAUUUUUGGCCAACAAAAUUCUAGCAGCAGUUGUGGCAUACAGAAACAAUCUAACAUAUUUCUUGGGCAUGUUCUGAUAUUUUUUGAAUGGCAAAUGGCAAGGGUUCAUUCAUUUGAAAGAAAUUUUUUUUGAAAGGCAAUCGAAGGAGCAGCAGACCAACAAAUCCUGCCGACACAUUUUCAAGAACUGGCUGGGUUACCUUGGUAUCGUAACCCGAUGUGUUAAUGCAAGUUUACAAUGUACAUUAGAUUAAAAGCAUUAGAUAAAUGUGCAGCUGGCAUGGAAUUUGCUCAAAGCAGUGCAAAUCAAAUAUGUGCUAAGGGGAAACAAGGAUAUCCCGCUGUUAUAGGACAAAGCCCCAGUGUGCUUUCAGCUAUACCUGCUACAGGUCUUGUCAAGCUAAUCUGGGGUGGCUUUUGUAUAAACUCCCUCUAAUUCCUGAACAUAUCUUUUCAGUGAAAGAAGCUGACUUAAGCCCUUUGCAAUCUAACCCUGAUGACAUAGACUUUUUUUGUCAACAUGGAACUGGUGUAGUUCAGCUGCUUUCACUGAAAUCAGUGGCUUGGGAGAGCCCCAAGGACCAGAGCCAGAGACCUGGAGGGGCUGCAUUUGAUCCCCAGACCCGAGGUUCCCCACUCCUGCUCUAGUGAAUUCAAAAUGAGCUCAGAAGGGUAGGCAAAACUUCAAAGGGCAUUCUCUGAUUUUAACAUGCUGCACUCUUAGGAAUCCAUCUAUUUCUAUAGCUGUAACCUGCCCAUAAACCUUUAUGUGGAUGUUUUGUAGGGUGUGUGUUUGGCUACUGACCAAUAAAAGAGCAAAUGCUUUCUCAACUAGCAGGUCAGAGCCUUUAUUUCAUCAUGUGAAAUCAUGAAAAUUAUGACAACAGAAGAACAACUCUGCAGCUUGGUCCUCUCCAAGGAGGAAGUGAAUGCGACAACUGGAAAUGAAUCGCUCCAGAGUUCAGGUAAAACUGUGUGUGUGCGCGCGAGCGAGCGCGUAAGAAAAAAUUAGGCUGAUGUUGUAGCCAUGGGUUCACUUCUGGAACUCAUUUCCAAAACAGAGAUUGCAGGCUAGAAAAGUCCCAGUCAUUAGAGAUACCAGGAUACGCAUCAAGGAUUCUGGAAUAAAGAAGCAGCUGUUUCUUUUUGUCAUCGUUUUUGAUAGAAAAUUAGACUAAUUUCAGCCUCGUUUCACUCACAUCCUGCUUUUUUGCUUCUUGUAUAAUGUUUGAAAAAGGAAGCUCCAGUUUCAAAAACUUCAGUGUUGCAUGGAAUCAAAUCUAGUGUGCUCAGAGAGCACAGUGGUACCUCGGGUUACAUACGUUUCAGGUUACAUACGCUUCAGAUUACAGACUCCGCUAACCCAGAAAUAGUGCUUCAGGUUAAGAACUUUGCUUCAGGAUGAGAACAGAAAUCGUGCUCUGGUGGCACGGCGGCAGCAGGAGGCCCCAUUACCUAAGUGGUCUUCAGGUUAAGACCAGUUUCAGGUUAAGAACGGACCUCCGGAACGAAUUAAGUACUUAACCUGAGGUACCACUGUAUUGUAUUUAGUAGCUAGACUAAAAUAUUUCCCCCUACUAUGGUGUCCACAGAGACCUGGGUGAGUGAAUGUGGGUGUGCAUGUUUCAGGUGGUAUAGGGAAUGGUUGACUUCUGGGAAAGAGAUUUCAGAACAAUGACUGGCUGAAAGGUAGUAUUGAUCUGUUUCCUCCUGGUCUUGAUUAAUGAUGUUUUAUCAAUAUAGUCAUUUCUUAAAUAAACAACACAGUGUCCUUGCCCUUCCUGUUUAUCAGUGAGGUGAAGUCUGGUGAUAGGCAUCCAGUGGGUCUGUGGGAACCUUUGACAUUAAUGGCCCUGUCUGUCAUCUAUCUGCUCUCCCCCAACUACGCUUUAUCUCUAUAUGCCAUUGGCAUCACGGGGGUCCUCUGUUAGGAAUGACAAAUGCCUACUUCAGAAGAUAUGUAUAUGGUGCACAAUAAUAUACAAUUAAACAAGAUCACUUCUCCUCCCUUUUCCCAGCACACUCAUCACAGUUUCCUUCUCAAAUGCUCCUGGAACUGCCUGAUUAGUGCCCACUUGGCUUAGUUAAUGGAUGCCUGUAGGCUGCCAAUUCCCGUGGUGUCUGGGCUCUACAUGAAGCAGACCCAAGUAGUCUAAAACAAAGUAUGAGCAUGUGAAGAUGCAGAAUAAAUAAAAGGAGCCCUUUGUAUUUUUGCACCAGCUGGAAAACACUUGUAGCGUCGGGUGGUGGUGGUGGCGGCAGCAGAGGGAAUUAUACGAAGCUUUGCUAUACAUCAGGCAUUGCUGCGUGAUACAUGGUAGGUUUUUCUCUUCCUUGUAGCACCUGCAGUGCCUGGAUGAUGCCACGUGGGCUGCUCAGAUUAGUUUGCAGUGAGUAGAGCUGCCAUCUAGCCCCUCCACAUCAUCUCAAGCACUGAUGGCCAAAAUUCUGGGGUUUGCUCAGAGAAUCAGCCAAACUGAUUUUCCAGCUAAUCCAUCAGAAGCAGGGAGCCUCAAUAGAGGAAAAGCUGCUCUGGACAGAAGUGUGUGUGUGUGUGAAAAAUGAUCGCUAAUGCCUGCACAAAUCUGGGAGUUUUAAACUUUGAGUUUCCAUCACAAUUUGUGACAGCCCUAGAGAAGCCACAAGCUUUCCCAGAAGAUAAGAUACUAAUCAUCUCCACUAUAGGUGUAACAAAUGGAAAAUGAGGUGUAGAAAUGUACUUAAAGCAGGGUUGAGGAACCUCAGGCCUGGGGAUCAGAAUGUGGUAAUUCCUCUUCUUCGUCUGGAUGGCGUGAGGUAUGUAACUUUUGUUGUUGUUCUUGACUCCUAGACAGAUGCCUUGGAAUGUGGGAUAAUAUAACCUGCUGGCUGUCUUCUUCCAUUGGGCAAACAGUUAGCGUUCCUUGCCCCAAAGCCUUCCAAAUGGUAACUGGGAAAACAGGUAAAACUUAAAACAUAACACUUCCAUAGGCACUGUCUGAUGCCAGGCUUUCCUUGUACCCUGUCAAGGAUUAAAGGCUGAGUCCUCAGUGUAACACAGGCUGUAAUAUGGUUUGUCAUGUACUGUUUUUCUAGGGAAUGUAGAAUCUUACCUAGAAUCUAGGAGCUGCUUCCAGAAAUGUCUGAUGCUGCUACCUUAGCCUUGCACAGAGUUAUUAUUACUAUUAUUAAUUAAAUUUAUAUACCACCCUUCAUCCAAGGAUCACAAAGGAAAAAAAGAAAGAGGUAGAAACGUCACAGACCAAGAGCCCUUCUGGGGCUCGGCUUAAUUGAUGUUGCUGGAUGUCCCAUAAGCUGAUUGGCAUCAGGAGGCAUAGCAGGUUUCUGCAUUUGCUCCUUGCCUAUUCCCCUGUGGGGCAAUUGCUGUUCGGCAAGAAGGUGAACAGUAAAUUCCCAUUCCCAGGAUCCCAUUCGGACCAGAGUGUGAAUUCUGUAAAUGUUAUGUUGGCCUUUUCUUUCUGUGACGUCAAGCAGAAUUUGACAAGUGGCACAACCUAUUUGGAUUUUUAAAAAUGUCAUUCCUAGACGAAUCCACCAUCUAUCAUGGGCAACUGGUUGUGGUGGUUGUAUACAUAAUCUCUGGAUUCAUAGGCAGUAUGGCACUGAACACCAGCUGCUGGGGAGCCAGAAUGGGAAAGAAGGCUAUUGCCUUCAUCUCCUGCUUGUAGGGUUCCCAGAGGCACCUGGUUAGCCACUGUGUGCAGCAGGAUGGUGAUUCAGAUGGAUCUGUAGCCUGAAUCAUCUUCUCAUGUUCUUGUGCCACACAUGGAGAGAAUUUGGACCAAGAUCAGGGCUCAGAUCCCAACAAUGAAACUUUUUAGGCUUCCUAUCUGCAAAAUGAGAAAAAUAAUGGGCUGCCCGCAGAGUGCUUCUGAGGAAACUGCUUGUUCAUAUAGAUAUAGAUAUGGAUCUAUAAACACACAGAUAGAAGUGGUAAUUUCCCCUUCUGGUCCAUGGGAAUAAAAACGAAGCAUAAUAUAAACAAGGAAAGACGGCUCCUGCCUGUGUAUUUGUUCUGUGGUGUUUUCAUGGAGCCACAGUGAAGGGUUGCUUUGGAUGGUGAUUAAGAUCAGUGAUAAGCUAAAAACAUUAAAACCCAUGUAAACAUUCUGCAUAUUUGGGUAGUCUUCUCUAGGAAAAAAAUGUUUUUAGCAGGCACCGAAAAGAGUACAGUCAACUGAAGGUGCCUGCCUGAUGUUAAUGGAUGGGGAGUUCUAAAUAGUGGGAGCUGCCACCCUAAAAUACUGAUUUGCUACAAAUGGGUGUUAUGUGGCACCUUUGCAGUGCCAGUUCUGCAGAUUGCAGCAGUUGAGUGGACAUAUAGGGUAAGGUAAACUGGCUCUUAAGGGCUUUAUAUUCUAAUAGUAACACCUUGAGCUUGACCCAGCAGCAAAUUGGCAACCAGUGCAGGUCUCUGAGCACAGGUGUUAUAUGCAGACAAGGACUCACUCCUGUCAGCAUCACGUUGCACCAUUCUGCAUUAACUGCAGCUUCUGGACCAAGCUCAAGGGAAGCCCCACAUAGAGUGCAUUGCAGUAGCCCAGUCUUGAAGCAACCAAUGCACGAACUACUGUGGCUACGUUUUCCUGGUGCAGGAACAGUUGUAGCGGUUGUACCAGUUGCAGCUGCAGAAAGGUGCUUCUAGUCACCAAGGUAACCUGAGCCUCCAUCGACAAUGCUGGAUCCAGAAGACCCUUUCUGGGACUGACAAGUGCGUAUCAGGGCAGGGGGCGGGUGGAGUCUGACUCAGGAGAGGGGGGCAGUGGUUUGUGGGGACCUGUAUCAGCCAGGAGGCAAUAAUCAGAGGCCGGUGGAGGCUGGUGGAGCACCAGAUGGGUUGGAGGAAGAGGCAGGUCAGGCAAGGGAAGGGUCCACCUGCUUCCCCACCCUCUCCUGUCUCCCAGAACCAGGAGGGAAAUGAAAAGGGAUGAGCAGAGGAAGUUUCCAUGUGAGCACAGUCUCCAGCUGCGUGUAUGCAGUCCGGCAGAGGAAGGUACAUAAACUGGCAGAGGUGGAGUGGUCCUCUGUUGCUGCAACUCUCCCCAGAGCAUGGAGCUGUAGAAGCGACAGGAGUCACUUAGCCACAGAGCCCCUGUCUUGCCAGGAUUCAAGCUCUUCUGGUUCUUCCUCAUCCACUUCAGCACUGCAUCUAAGGACUGCACAGCCUCUCCCAAUUCAGGUGUUAUGAUUCAGCACCUUAACAGCCUGGUUGAGAGGGUCUGGAAAAGGGGCACCGAGCAGCUUGUCGCCUGAUCGCUGGGAACACUGCAGAGCUGCUUUAGACUACAACUCCCAUCAGCCCUGCUGGCUGGAGCUGAGACGGAUGGAAGUUGUUAGUUCCAGAGCAGCUGGAGGGCACCAGGUCAGGGAAGACGGACAGCCUCUCCCACCAGCUGCUUGCAGAUGGAAAACUCAGCCGCUAGAGGGAGCUGGUAAAAUUGAAACAACUCAGCUCUUGGCUUUUUUUUCUUGCUGUUUUGAUUUGUUAUGCUUGCUCUGGGCUUGAUUGCUUUAAUGAUGAAGGGUGAUAAGAAAACCUUUAAAUACAUAUUGAUCAAUCACAGCGUUGCCCCAAGACAUUUUGGUACCGGACGUGAACCACAAAAUGUCACCCCAGCCUACCUGUCAGGGAAGAAGCGGGAAGAGUAUGAGAAGCUCUGUAUCAGGAACCAGGAAGGAAUAAAAAUCUAUAUGUGAUGUGUUCCUUGGAGGCCAGAUAUGCUGCCCCAGUGGAUCCUGCUGCCCAAGGUGAUCGACUCACCUUGGCCUUGAUCAAUCAGUUACAUUUUAAACAACCUGAAGCCUAAGUAUACUUAGAAAGGAGCCAGUCUCAUUGAACAUAGUGAGACUUACUUCCAAUUAAUAUACUUAGGAUUUAACUGUAUACCAUUUACUAUACUAUAGGUGACUGAUGCUAGUGCUUUAUGGUUCACAGCAUGCCAUAACAACCACAGCGUAAGUGCAACCAGUUGUGUGAUAUAUCUCCGCACUUGCAAUCCUGAAAUGAUGUUUUCAUUCUUGGGAACCAGUUAUUUUUAUGGUGCCAACAAUGAACUUUGUUCCUUGUAGAACAAAAAAGUAAAACAGAGACAGAAGCAGGAAUGUCUGUGUUCAGACAGAGUCACUUAAUUGCUCUUAAACAUAACAGGAUUAAUGCAUCUCUUUGGAACAUAAUGAAUACAGCUAUUUUUGUCCGUGGUUUAAGAACAGUAAACAAUUUUCUGCUCCACUAAUGGCUAAUCUUGAAAAUGCUUUGCUGAAACAAGCCAGCUUCAUAAACUACAGUUUGAAAUUGGCUUGUGAAGAUGAACCACAAUUUGCCCGGGUUCUGACAUUACAGCAAGCUGCAGGUAAUCUAAAAGGGAAGCAAAAACUUCCAGACUCCACCAUGUGGCCUUGAAUGUGUAUUUACUGUAUAAUAGUAGCUUUCACCAGUGCUAAUUGCAACUACUAACUGUAUGACUUAUUUUCUUUCUGUCAUUGCAAACCAAGGGUUUAUAUAUCGUAACUGCACCAAGGAUGGCUGGUCGGAAAAAUAUCCAAGGCCCUAUAUUGCUUGUGGUUUAAAUGUGGAAGAGAUUAAUGCUCCUAUAGUUGCGUGGCAGCGUAGGGUAAGUACAAAUAAUCAGUACAGUAUCCUAUGGGCACUUUUAAACGGUUGCUGUUUUUGGGUGGAAUUCAAUACUGAAAAUUCAGGUUGGGCAAUUAUAGUUGAUCGGAAGGUCUUUCACAAUAAGCCUGCUUCCCCAAAACAUGACCUUUUGUGAUAAGGAAAGUGAAGGAGAAAUUCACUGGGCAAUGUGGGAUGACAUUCGCCUUAAAGCAAUGUCAUCUAACCUUCCUGCAAACAAACCAGGAUGAAUGCUCAACAGGCAGGUCAUCGGGAAGCAUCAGAAGUGGGGUGGAAGUGGUUUGAGCACACGUUCCCUGUAUUCCUGGGUAUUUCUGCUUGUUUAGAUUGACCCUCAAAGCCACAGGUGGAAAACCCAUUAGGAUAUCCUCUCACCUGACUCUUUUGGAUCUGCAUCAUUUCCUGAUAACUCUGGAUGAGGUUCCUGCUGAUAUUCAAAAACUGGAGCCAAAGGAGAGGAGGAGAAUCCAGUUCCAUGGCUCUGUCUUCUGUUGUGCUUUUAAAACUGCUGCUUGUUUGAUUUUAGCUGCUGUUGACUUUGCUUCGUAGUUUCUUUUGUUUUUAGGCUGUACUUUUAUUGUACUUGUUUUUAGAUUGGCAUAGAAAGGUGGGAUAUAGAAAUAUCAUAAAUACAUAUGUUUUCAUUCUGCAGCAGGAAAAGUGCGCUCAAGCCACCUAUACCACACUUUUAGAUAUCUGCCUUCAUCCUAUGCGUUUAUCAUCCGCCAGUGGCUUACUUGGGUUUGAAGCACAGCACUAAAGAGCAGAGUAGGAAAAGGUGUUGCAAAUAGCCCCACCUGGUGACAAAACAUAGUAUUAUUCAGUCAUAAUACAGUACAAACAGAGCCUUUCUCCCUUCAAAAAUUCGUUAUAGGACAGCAGUCUGUUUUAAGUGACUGACGCUCAAUUGGGAUUAGUUAUACACAAGUGCAGUUGACAUGGAAGCAAAGCCUACUGCCAGGCCAUUGAUUUCUGGCACAUCAAUUCUGCACCUGUAGACAAUGGUAAAACAAUUUAAAUAUGUUGUAAACCACUUACAACCCUCUGUGGGGUUUUUUUGUGUGUGUCUCUAAAUUUUAAAUCCAGCCUAAUUCUACCUGGGGCAGUGUUUUCUAAUCACUCUGAUUGCAGGCAAAGCCUAGUUCAUGGUCGUGCUUUUAGAACAAAUGAUGGGACAGCAUGUUCUGAAAAAAGACAUGUUGUCACUCUUUUUGAGACAAGUGGGUUUCCUACACAUUCACAUCUCUGCCUGGACUGAGUGUACCUGGAUGUUUCUUGACAGGUGUCUUACCUGAGGAAGUUGGAGAUUGUGUACACCAUCGGAACCAGCGCUUCUCUGGUGGCGCUGACAAUUGCCUUGGGCAUUCUGGGUUCUUUCAGGUGAAGAAGAAUUAUUCAUUCCUUUUUAAAUAUUUGUUUCUACUUCCUGGUUAAUCUGUGAAAAAACCCAACCCCAAAUGAAUAGUGAAAUAAAGUGUUAUUUCAAAAGCCGUUCCAUUGAUCUUUCGUCAGAUAUUCAUUCUGAAAGGGCUUCCUGUUUUGCACAGUAACAGUGGGGAAGUGUACAUUCUGUUCAAACGUCAACAGGCAGAAGUGUAUAUUCAAGUGGGUAGAAGAAAAAACUUAAGUUUUAAAACUUAAGCUGUGGAUUUGGGAAGAUGAUCUGUAUGUUAGGUGGAUCUCCUGCUCAUUGGAUAAGUUUUUCAGGUGGAUCUGAUGAAGCCUGGCAAAGAAGCAAUGACUGCAUCCCCCCUUUUUAUUGCUCCUUUAUUAGUUCUUUUGUCUUUCUAUUAAAGCAGAGGUGGAACCCACAGUUAUCAAGAUGCUGUAGGACUCUAGCUCCCAUCAGCCCCAGCCAGCAUGGCCAAGAGUCAGGGAGGUCUAGUCCGGAAACAUCCAGAGGGUCACAAGUUCCUCACCCUAGUGUUGUGGGAAAGAUGAUCUUCAGUCCAACAGUUCUCAGUUUUACCAUCAAUACGUCAGUUUUGCUUCAUGAUGCUAUCAGAUCAGGCAAUGGUAUUGGAUGUUUGCAGAGUAUUGAUGGGGUUCCUGUUGAUUUGAAUGACCAUUGCUGAGUGAUAGCACACUUUGCCUUAUAUCCAUGAGGCCCUAUAUUCAAUCCUCAGUGACUUCAAGUAGCAAGACUGAGAUCUCCAGGACUGAGAUCUUGGAGAAGCAGUUUCCUAUCAGAGCAGAUGCAUGGGCAUAGCCAAGGGGGGCAGGGGGGUAGCUCCUCCCCGCUAGAUCAAGUAAAACCAUAGAAAUGCUUAACUAACUGACCAAUCAUGUCAGUUCUGCCUCCCUCCCAAAAUCUUGGCUACACCCAUGAGCAGAUGGGUUUGAUAGAUCAAUAGUUUGGUUCUGCUUUAAAUGGUAUAAGAUCUGUUCAUAUGUCUGAUAAGAAACCCAAGCAGUUCCUUGUUUAGAAACCAUCUUGAUGCUCUUCUCUUUGGGCCACAGAAGGCUUCGCUGUACGAGAAAUUGCAUCCACAUGCAGCUCUUUGCAUCGUUCAUUUUGCGAGCUUUGGCAAACUUCAUCAGAGAUCCUGUCCUGUCUGAAGACACUGACGAUGCAGUCUACUGUGAGUUACACAUGGUAAGGAAAAAGCCUAUAAAUAUGGCCUACCAUCCAGCUCAUCACAGGUUGAAGAAAGGUGCCUGAGAAUUAAAUUCCCUUUCCAUCCCUGUGAGCCAUUUUGUCAGAGAAAAUGGCAGACUUGAGGUGCAAGCUUAUGUGAACUUCCCUGGUGCAGACCCAUUGAAAACUGAGGAUUUACGUAUGAGUAAAAAAUGCUAAGGAGUGUGCUGUUCAUCUGCUUGUUUGUGUAUGUAUGGUCUGAACAUAAAUAAUAUAUUGUUUAUAUAUUUAGUUGUUCUUUGGUUUUAUGAAUACCACAACCACAAGGGAAUAAAAUAAUCACAAGGCCAAAGAAACCAAAGAACAAAACGUGUUUAAACACAAUUUGGAUAACGUGUCAUAUGGCAUCAUGACACUUUAGGAGGAAAUUAAUUGAAGUGCAUUAAUCAGCUCUUAUAAAGAUUUCCCAAGAGAGUGAAUGUGAACCUCUGUGAUUGGCAGUAGGUUUGAAAAUGGGAAAACUGUUCAGGACUUGAACAAUAAUAAUUUGUUGCAGACUAGUUGAUUUUAAAAGAUAACGUUUUGAAUCUUCUACAUCUUUUUUUUUAAAAAAAGAAUACAGCAUACAUUUAAACAUGGAUGCUAAUGGCAGAAAUAAAAUAAUCCAAACCAAUACAUAAAAUACAUGGGCAAUAGCGACUUAUAUCCCGUGAUAUCAUACUCAGAACAGACCCAUUGAAAUAAAUGGAUUUAAGCAACUUCAGUCCAUUGAUUCCCACAGGUCUAUUCUGUGUGUAAUUUGGUUGUGUAUCACUCAAAAUCUACAGUGAGAAUGACAAAAACGAGUGUAGUAAUUGUAACAACCACAAUCCGACUUUUACACCAGUGAUAAAGCAAGCAUGACACAGCAAGGUGAAGCUCGGGAGCAGGACUGUGAAAUGCCUAGGGAAGGGAGACAAAGCACUUCUUCCUCUUUCCUCAGGGCCGAUGUAAGAUUAUCAUGAUCUUCAUUAACUUCUGUAUCAUGGCUAACUACAGCUGGCUUCUUGUGGAAGGGCUUUAUCUUCAUACCUUGCUGGUGAUGUCUUUCUUCUCCGAAAGAAAGUUCUUCUGGUGGUUUGUGGUUCUGGGAUGGGGUAAGUACCAGUUGACACCAGUGGGGGAGCCGCAACAGAAUGCUGCACAGUAUUAUCCCCCAUUGACUCCAUUUCAGUCCUUGCUCUGCUUCCCUUGCCUUCCUGCACUCUUCUUUGCUUCCCCUCAUUUCGUGUGUCUCUCACUUCCUGUCUUACUCCAUCUCUGGCACCACAACUUUAAAGCACACGGCUUCACGCAUAUAAUCCUGGGAGCUGUAGCUACAAUUCCUAGCACUCUUAACAUGCUCCUGUUCCCAGAAUCCUUUGGGGGAAGUCAUGUCCUUUAAACGUGUGGAGUGUACACAGCCUCUGGCUCCCUCUUCUUCGUUCCCUGCUCUUGCUUCCUGCUUUAUUCCUCUUUCUUUCGUCCUCUUUGCUACAUUGCUUCUUUUGAUGCUUCCCCUCCCUCUAUUUCUCUUCUUGCCUCCCCACUCGCCGCUUUCCUUCUGUCUCUUGCUAUCCUUUGCACAGCUUUGAGGUGUGAUGGAGCAGGGUUUGCGGGGGCAGAAUGUAUUGCUUACACAGCUGAGGUAACAAACACAUUUCAAAGAAGCCAAUAAUAUGCAUUCAUAGUCCUCAGCAGCCAGUUUUCCACAUGCUCUUUUUUGUUGUUGCUCCCUUUUGAGUUGGGGACAACUGAACUGAAACAUGAUGUGCUUGUGUAUAGCUUCAUAUUCCCUGGGUAUACAGUGGUACCUCGGGUUACAUACGCUUCAGGUUACAUACACUUCAGGUUACAGACUCCGCUAACCCAGAAAUAUUACCUCGGGUUAAGAACUUUGCUUCAGGAUGAGAACAGAAAUUGUGCAGUGGCAGUGCAGCGGCAGCAGGAGGCCCCAUUAGCUAAAGUAGUGCUUCAGGUUAAGAACAGUUUCAGGUUAAGAACAGACCUCCAGAACGAAUUAAGUUCUUAACUCGAGGUACCACUGUAUCAGGGGAACUUCUCUUUGGUUUGUGGUUGUUCCCAUUUUGCUUCAAAUUGAUUGGCACAGAACCACGGGAGUUUGCUAUUAUGAGUCAAAAUAUUCAUUUAGCUGGUGAUGGGAUAGCUGCAUAUUCCUGCUUAGCAGGCCAGAUAAUCCUCAGGGUCCCUUCCAACUCUACAAUGCUAUGAUUUCCUGUGCGUUGUAUGAUUAAGGGCUUUCCCACACUUCCGCUUAGUCUUUAGCUCUAAAUUGGAACAAAGGGCAAUCCGCAAAACACCUGAACUGCUAUUUGCUCCAAGUGAGCACUAAAGAGCGGUUUUUGCUGUGGGCAAAAGGAGUGGGAGAAGAGGAAGUAUGGAAAAGCCUUAAGGGUUGACGGGGGGGGGGGGUUCCUCUUUUUUUCUUUACUGCAGGCACUCCAACUUUCUUUGCAAUUGCAUGGGUCACGGCCAGACUAUUACAUGAAAAUGUUGGGUAAGUUGUGUUUCCAUUACAUCUUUCCAUGCUCUGUAUUUAUUAGCGUUGCCUCAGCUGUGUGCCCACAGAACCUUUGACAGCUGGUUUCAAAUGGCUGCAAUCCUAUUUUCUUGCAAUAUUCUGAAACACUAAGACAAGAAGAGAAUAACAGUAGCAGUUCAGUUGCAAUUAAUACUGAUCAAACCACACCUAAAAAUAGUGUGUAUCCCAUUAUACAAGUGCCUGGCCAGUAUAAAAAAAUCUGCAGCUUCCUUGUGAAAACAGAAUCCGUUCUUUUCUCUUUGCCAUCUCCCACUGCCCAGACAUAUAUUGUCUCAAGCAAUCCCCAUCAUUCUAUGCUGGGAAGUCAGGCCAGUUAAUCUGGUUUCAAACCAUGUUUAUGUCUUUUGUUCUGUUCCAAGAACCACUUGUAGCCUUCAUUUGUCAUCUAGAACUCAUACUUUUAUUAUUAUCAAUAAAAUAAAAUGGGCAGAGUUUUCAUCUGAACAUCACAUCACAACAGCAGCAGCAGCAGGGCAUUUAUGAAAGACUCUCAUUGUCAGGAACUCUCUGUAUUAAAAUGGCAAGAAGGGAAGCAGUUGUAUCUGCAGUUAUUGUGUUAAUAAAUUCCAGAAGGGCAGCUGUUCUUCGCCUGUUGCAUCAAAAACAACACAGAUUAUUGUGGAACCUUAAACACUUAUUUUUUAAAAAACGUAUUGUUGCAUAUGCGUUAAUUUGAUUAUGAUCAUUUCCCAUCCAGCAGGGGGAGUUGGGUUGUUUGUGAAGUGCUGUUGUUUUCUCGUUGCAAAGACCGCGCUAAACGAAAACACAAUAUUAUCUUGAAAAACAAGGAAGUGUUUUCGGAACCUCAAGUCAAAGGAUAAGAAGCUGACUCAGCUGCAUUGCUGUGAGGCCUCUGGACUUUGACGUUUGACUGGGGUUGGAAUACGGUAUCAGAAGUAAAAAUCUUUCAGGCCAGCAGCCAUAUAUACCUGUGUUAUAGUCAAGGCUUUUUUCCCCAGCCAGAACUUGCCAGAACUCAGUUCCAGCACCUCUCAGGCGGGCACCAUUGCCAUUCUAAGGGAAUAAGGGAGGUGAUCACAGCCCCUCUUUUUCAAGAAAAGUAGUCCUGGUUAUAGUGAGAGCCAGGUGAAGCUGUAGAGGCUGCUCUAUGAGACUCUAUUAACCUCAGUCUGUCCUCAGCCAGCCCUCACCUCAGCCCUGGUCUUCUUACUUAGCCUGGGGCCCUCCAGAACCACAAGCCUGUUUUGGCCCAGCAGCAUCCUCCUGCUGCACAUCUGAUGUCCUAUGUGAGGUUAGCUGUGUGGCAGGUAAAGGAGCAGCUGGGCAGAGAGGCUGCCUGCAGUCACCACAGGGCUAUGCAAGCCCAGACAAUCAGCUGAUCCUCAGGGCUUGCAUGCAUUGUGUUGUGCCUUUGCCCGCACAGUUUGAUUUCAAAAUGCACAGGCAAAAAUGGAUCAUCUGACACCAUUGGGACUUCCCUUACCAGGUUGAGGGUGAUCAAGGUCUAGAUGGAUCCAGCUCCUCCCCACCCCUAGACCAGGGUACACUUCCCGAUCCUGGGGGGGCUUUGGACUACAACUCCCAUCAUGCUGUGACCAUUGGCCAGACUGGACGGGGCUGAUGGGAGUGGCGAAGAAGGGCAUCAAGUUGAAAAAGGAUGGCGACUAGCACAUUGCCAAUUUGUUGAGCUCCUCUGAAUCAUGACUCACAGUAAAAUGCAAAUGUAUUAUUCUGCUUUUCCUGCUUGUUUUCUGCACACUUGAGUAUUCUAAUAGUUUCAUCCAUCCGGUAUAAUUUGAAAGGCCAGGAUGGAUGCCAGCUCCUAUCUGCUGGGCAUGUUGCCUUGCGAUAUUUUUCCUUUGAAGACAAAUAUUGCUAACAUGAUGCUCCCUGGCAUUUGUUGACCUGAAAAGCAUAAUGAAUGAAUUUUGCUAUCUUACAGAUGCUGGGAUACUCAUCUUACAUAUGCCCGGUGGCUCAUUCAAGGCCCUGUGGUAGUUUCUAUUGUUGUAAGUCUGAAUUACAAUGCCUCUUCUAUUUUUGUACCAAAUGUUAUUCGUCUGUGACCGUAAUAAACAAAUUCAUGCUAUUGCUGUAAGUCCAUUUCACAGCCGAUUUCUGAGAUGAAGAUCGAACUGAAGAGAGCAAAUUUGAUGCCUGUCUUUCAAAUAUGUGAAUGUCAAUGCCAGCUUUUCAUUCUCUUUGCAGAUCAAUUUUGUUUUGUUUGUUAAUAUUGUGAGGAUUCUAAUGAGCAAACUUAGAUGGCCAGAUGGAAGGAACAAGGAUUCCAGUCAAUACAAGUAAGACAGCUUAAAACAAAAAACAAAAAAACCCUCAGCCUCACACAUAAGUACAACAGCAAGAGAUACCUGUGCACAGAUGUUUUACCUGUUUGCCUGCAAAUAUAUGCAAAGAUAUGUAUCACCCAGAUAAACUUGUCUGAUUAGCUGCCUCAAGGACACCCGCCCCAAUAAAAUGCCUCCAGGUCUGCUUGUGCUUCUUUUGGAAAGAUCUUAUCCCCAUCUAUAGUAGCAGCAACAGAGCACAAAUCUGGAUGCAAAGCCCUGAGCGUAGUGUGAUGAAAGCUGAUGGAGAAAAUCCCCAUUCCCUCUCUUGUAAUACAGUCAUACCUUGGUUGUUGAAUGCCUUGGUACUCGUCUGUUUUGGCUCCCGAAUGCCGCAAACCCAGAAGUGAGUGUUCUAGUUUGCGGACGUUCUUUGGAAACUGAACGUCCGAUGAGGCUUCUGCGGUUUCCGAUUGGCUGCAGGAUCUUCCUGCAGCCAAUCGGAAGCUGCACCUUGGUUUCUGAAUGUUUUGGAAGUCAAACAGACUUCUGGAACAGAUUCCGUUUGACUUCUGAGAUACCACUGUACUUCGGUUAAGGGCCAUCCCGUGAAACUGAAGAGGCAGGCGAUUCAGGAGAGAGAAAAUGAAGCACUUCUUCACACAGCACAGAGUUUAAACUAUGGUAUUCACUUCAAGGGGGCUUAGAUAGAUUCAUGGAGGAUGUCCAUAGUGCCUGCUGCCCAUGUGUAAAAAAACAGAAGCUGCAGGGACUUCUGGGACCUAGACUCUGUGACCUGUUGUCUGGCACUAGUGAUACUGCUGAUCUUUAAAGGCAGACCUGCACUGCCCCUGAAACUUCCCUUUGCGUUUUCUGCUGUUGCUACUGGAGGGGAUAGUUCUGCCUACAAACUGAGAUCAAUAUGAAGCUCACCCUCUUUAGGCCGUUUCUUUAUUUAUGUUUCGUUCUGUUAUCUCUGUCUUUACUCCUAGGAGACUCGCUAAAUCCACACUCAUCCUCAUCCCUCUCUUUGGAGUCCAUUACAUCAUAUUUGCUUUCUUCCCUUUCGAUACCACAAACGGCACCAUGGAGAUUCAAGCUCUGUUUGAAAAAGCCAUCGGAUCUUUCCAGGUAAUCUGUUCCUUGGAAGGUCUUCAUCAUCUUCAGAUGAAAGAAGCCCCACCCGUCUUUUGCAAUCAAAACAGGCUGUGUUGGCAAACCUCCUUAAUGUUUUCCAGGCCCCCGGGUGUCUAGAGCAAACAGGAUGCAAAGAGGUAACUGGAAUUCUUAGGUAACUAGGACAGGGGUGGUUAUUGGCUAAUGCUUUUUUGGCAAAUCUUUUGUAGGUUGCAUGCCAGUGGUGGAUAUGGCUGCACCACUCUCUCUCAUGCAUACUUUUACAUACAUGGAGAGAGUGUGAACAAACACAAGCAGACACAGACAUUGGCACACAGCCCCCUCCUCCCAGAUCUGGGCAGAUCAACUGAGGAGGACAGGUUAUUACCUUCUUUCCACUGGUCAAGUGGUUGAUUAGAUGACUGGGGAGGGAACAUUUUUUUAUCCCUAUCAGGGUGUUGGUCUCUGCCCAUCCCAGUACUGUCGAUUCUCCCCCACCUUUCACCAACAUAAUUGUUGGGUCUUGGGCACUUCAUAAAUUGGGAGAAGGCAAGUGAGUCCCUAACCCAAACGGGUUUAGCCAUGCCUGCUUUAGGAAUAAAGUCCUCCCACAAGGACAAAGGUAGUUAACAGUCUUUCUCUUUUUUUAAAUGGCACAAGGAAUGAAAUACACAUUCAGGUUGGGCAUGAUGUAGCCCUCCUCUGCAUUGGGUUUCUGAUUAGACCAACACCCCAGAGAUCCAGUAUUUCUCACGGCACCUUGCAGGACCCUCUUUGUAACAAGGACCUGUUCCAUCUUGCCCCAUGCCUCACUUUCUUCUCAGAAUGCCCUUGUUGCAAGAAAGACCUGCACGAGUUUGAAAACACUGCAACUGCUAAAAUAUCCAGUUGGUCCAGCAAAGUGUAUCAUUUCUCCUAGUGUAACAAUCCAAUCCUAACCCAUGGAUCUUUGCCACUGGAGGGGCUUAACAUAUGGCACAGGUGACAGGGACCAUCACUUCUGCUGCUACUUGCUGUGGUAGCAGAAAGCAUAGCACUUGAGACGCUAAGCAUGGCAGCGUUCGCACAGGUGGUUAACCAGCAUGGGCCCCCGAAAUGGGGUGUUAUGGGGCAGGGAUAGAGCAGAGCUGACCAUGGAUCACAGGUUCCAAAGCUGCUCCAGCUUUCUAAUCCUGGAGCUCGUGGGAGUGGUAUGGUGGAAAUCCCACUGCCACCUUCUGCCCUGACCAGGGGCACCAGCUUCAGGGGGCCAAGCCCUUUGGGGGGGGGCUAUGUGCCUGUGAUUCCCCCCCCCCACUGCACCUCUCGUGGCAGGACUUGGGAUGCAGUAGUAGACAGACCACUCUUCUCCGGCCCUAGUUUAGAUUGCUCUGUAAGUCACUCUGUCUUUUCUUCACAUCUGGCAGCACACUGCAUGCCUGGAAGGUCUACAUGAGCUUUUUCUUGCUUCUAUAUUUAUUCUGGAGUGCCGACCUGCCAUUUCCAGUUGUAUAUCUCAUAAAUGACAUGGGUCUCUUUUGUUCUCAGGGCUUUGCUGUGGCUGUGCUUUACUGUUUUCUUAACGGAGAGGUGAGUUUCCCAUAGAUUGUAAUUCACUAACAAUCGAAAUACGUGUUCUUCUUAUUUGCAUGUUGACCCCAUAAUGUUUUGUUUAGGUCCAGCAGGAGAUCCACAGAAAAUGGCGGCAGUGGCACUUAAGAAAACACAUUCAUUCGCAGAAGCAUCACAGCUGCACAUUUCCGAAUGAUGUCAGUGGAUUCACCCAGGUGCUGCAGCUGAUGAAGCCCAGCCCCCAGGAGGAAAGGGGACCUUCUGCCCCAAAUCUGAGUCAAAUGUGAUGGAUCUUGUGCAGGAAAGAACUAAUUGCUCACUCGGAGGGAACUGGAAAGCUCAAGAAUUGAGAUUAUGGAUCUGAAAGCUAAAUUUGCCCCUUAAUUAGCUGUGCGCGGAGUCUGGCUUUGUCUGUGCCCAGAAUCUUUAUUAUCCCCUGGAGGAUUUUUUAAAUUUUUUUUUUACAAAGAAGAUGUAUGAAGAUUUGUUUCCUGGUGGAAGAUUCCCUUCUGACUACACCAUUCUAAGAUGCCAUUUUCUAGUGGGAUGUGAGUGCCAGAUUAAAGGGCUUUUCUGAUUUGUUUUGUACUGCUGAAUAUUGUGCGGCAUUGAAUAGUUUGGACAAGACAUGACUCAUGAGUUGCAUUUCCCUGGGGAAACAUUGUGUUGUCUGGAGACACUUUGUAGAAUACAAGCAUUAAAACACACACACACACACACACACACACACACACACACACACACAGCAAAAAAUUACACCCUUAACUGGCUGCAGGAUUCAACGAUGGAUUGUGAUCAGCACUGAAACUAGAUCUCACAGGUUUGCAGCUUUGGACCUUGGACAUUCAGCUGCCAUGAUGGCUGUGGGAAUAUUUUUAAAAUUACUUUACUUUCUCAGAAGAUGAUGUCUCUCUCAGCCCAUGUAUCUGUUGUUCAUGCUUUUGUAAUCUAGAGGCUUGACUGCUGUAACACAUUCUGUGAAGGGCUGCCUUGAUGUUUUAAGAAUAAGGAAGCUGGGUGCCAUAUCUAUUCUCCAUUGUCUACCUUGAUUUCCUGUUGUCUUCUGGGGCUAAUCCAAGAUGCCUAGAAAGCCCUAAACAUCUUGCGUUUUGCAUAUAUUACACACUACCUUUUCCUCCCAUCGUACAAUGAUCUCUUCAAUAAGCUGAGAAUGCCCAGCUAAUGAUAUUGGUACCAAACCAGAAAAGACAUCAAACACAUGCAGAGUGUUAUUUGUGGUGGCUGAUGUAUUACUAUUGAACUCUUUCCAGGUAGACUUGCCAAAGCCAGAGCUAAGUUAGAUGUGUUUGCAAGACUGUUCUUGAGCAGAUGAGUGGGGUUAAUGUGCAUUUUUUACCUCCUUAUUACUUUCAAUGGGUUGCAUGUCUGUAUUUUUUUAUAUAAACAUAUAGGUAGAUAAACAUGGCUUAGUCAUAGAGUUGGAAGAGACCUCAAAGGGUCAUCUAGUUUGACUGCAUGCCAGUAGAGCUUGAGCUGACAGAACUUCAACUGUAUCAUGUCCAGCACAAGUGGAACAACGCCACUCUGCCAGGCGGACUAGUGGAGACAAUCCCACCAUUAAAAACUACUUCCAAAUGUCAGGCAUGUGUGCUUGGGUCGUUGCAUUUGCUUUGCUUUCACGGCUGCCUCUGCAAAAUGCUUUCUCUCCCCUUCCCUUGGGGAAAUCUGUGCUGCUGCUCAUCUGGAUCAUGCCCCUAUGUCACAUGAUGCAACUGCAGGAGCCACAGCUAGCCUGAUUGGGGAGGGAUGGGUGUCAGGGACUCCCCCCCCCCCCGUUUCUUGGGAGCAAUGUGUGCGCAUUGAGAAGCAGCAAAUUCUUCCUCCUUGGGUGGCAAUAGCUAACAAGAAGAUUCCAGCACUCCUCCUUACUCAUAAUUUGUGGCUGUGUAUUCCUGGCCUUCUCUUCUAUUGCACAGAGUUGCAGCCUGGCCCACAGAAGUGCAAGAGCCUUCAAACUGGUAGAGCGAGCGAGCAAAAAAAGAAAGAAUGCAUCUGAGGCCUUUUGAUUUGCAUGUGCAAAUAAGGAUGUGCACAUUUGAGUUCCCCUCUUAUGGGAACCACAUGCAGGUGUUGCUAACAUGUGAGAUUCCAACAUGAACCUACCAGGUAGAAGAAAUUCAUUAGCAAAUGUGACUGACACUGUGAAACUGGGUUUCAACAGAUCCUGGGUAUUCAUUGCUCGCUAGAGAAAGUAAUCAUUCCCCGCCCCCCACAUUAUUGAUUUUCUUAUGCCUAUAUAUCACUAGCAGCUGCCAGUCACACCCAUGCUAAAUGGAUCUUGAUUGGAUUCGGCAUUCAUGCACGUCCUGCAUAGUACAGCUUGUAUUGUUUGGCCUUUUGACCUCCUGCUGUAAAAACUGAAUACUUUCCCCUCAUUUAUUUCUUUGCAGUCAGGGUGCAUGUGUAUGAUCCAAGCACACUUUUCGGUGCCCACUUCAUGCAUCUGCCAAAGCGGGCUCUGUACUGACUGUGGCAGUUUGUAUGACCAGUUGUCUGAACCAAAAUCCAGAAUUAAAGCAAAGGACUUAUUAUCUCCAAAUAAGAAAUAUACCGGUAUGUAGAAGCCUCAAACUAAGGAUAAGGGGAGUUGUCACACUUUUCCAACAUGCUAGGGUUAAAAUAAAUCCUGAAAGUAAAAUGCCACAGGGGAAGUUACCAAAAAAAUCUGAAUUAGCAUUUCUCUUAACUGAACGUCGUCAUCCAUCUUUUCAGAGCUACUGUUUCUUGUCUCACAUGAGACCUUGAACAAAUUGAAGCAUAAUAUACGUCAGCUGGGACCAAGCCUCUACGAUGCUCUCUUUUUUAUUUUUGCAUUACAUUGUGUUAAUGAUGCAGAAAUAUGCACUCCUUAGUUGUGGUCCAAUAGCUUACAGGUCUCCCAGAAGGCUGCAGUGUGGAGCAAGUAGCCCAUUCCUGCUGAAGAGAUAAUAACAACAUCUACUCUGUGUGAUCGUUUGAACCAUCUAGUUUGUCUGGUGUGAUCAUUCUGGACUAUCCCUUAUUGAACAAAUAGUUGUGAUGAAUCCAAAGCUAAAUAUUAGGUGAAAACAACAUUAUACAUAGGCAGAUAGGCUUAAACUGAAUUGCCCUCUUCUGCUUCCUCUGGUUGUCAUCUUAGCUUCUUUCUAACUCAUAAUAAACCUUGUGAAAUUGGC